AUGGCCAAAUCACUCGAGGAUGUGAACACCACGACACGGGCCGUCGGAGGCAUGGAAAGUACAGAACAGAUGCUGGAGGUUGAUGACAUACCAUCUUCAAUUUCCUCACAAGACCCUCCAAAUGGAGGACUUAGAGCAUGGCUCCAUGUUGUUGCCAGCUUCUGUAUCUACUUCAACAGUUAUGGUAUUAGUAACAGCUAUGGUAUUUUCCAAACUUAUUACACAGAGCAUCUAGGGUUUGCUGCACCAAAAGCGGCAGCCAUCGGAUCUGUACAGAGUUUUCUAAUGUUUUUCGGCGCUUUCGUGGCCGGACCACUGUACGACGCUGGCUACUAUCGUUAUGUCCUUGUCACAGGAUCCAUACUCAUAACUUUCGGUACAUUUAUGCAAAGCAUCAGCACACAAUUGUGGCACUUCGUUCUCUCACAAUCAAUAUGCAUUGGCUUGGGAGGCGGUAUCAUAUCCAUGCUGGGCACAUCAAUGCUCUCAACAUACUUCACUUCCAAGUUACCUAUCGCAAGUGGCAUAGGCACCACAGGAAGUGGUAUUGCUGGUAUUUUACUUCCCGUACUUUUCAACAACCUUCAGCCCAGAAUCGGCUACGGCUGGACUGUUCGUGUCUUCGGAUUCAUGAGUCUAGCGACUCUUUUGGUCCCAGUACUCGUGAUGAGGGCUCGUGUCGUCGCUGAGAAAAAUCGCACGAUAAUCGACACGUCCGUCUUCCAAGAUCACCCUUUUUUGAUAUUCGUUACAGGAAAUGUAAUACUCAUUCUCGGUGCCUAUAUUCCCUUCAACUAUGUUGAAUCAUAUGCGGUUGACGAGGAGAUCACCAACACAAAUAUCGCCUUCUAUAUCCUUGCAAUGAUGAACUUCUCGAGCCUUGCCGGCAAAGUGCUUCCAAUGCUGUUAGCCCCUCGCAUCGGGCCUUUUAACCUGCUUCUAUUCUUUGGAGUGGCAACUGGUGCUUCAUCACUAGCGUUGCUUGGUGCCAAAAGCCUGGCAACCGUUAUUGUAGUGUCUGUGAUCUACGCGUUCUUGUGCGGUGCAUUUUUUGCCCUACAACCAGUUGUAGUAAUUGGUCUUUGUCCCGACCCUGGCUUGAUCGGGAAACGAAUAGGUAUGGCAUUUGUCGGUCUUUCCUUGGGGUUACUGGCAACAUCUCCUAUUGCUGGAGCAUUCCAAGAUUCAGUGGGAUUCAAUGGCGUCUGGUUGUGGGCAGGUCUUACGGCUGAAGUGGGCGCUUGUAUCAUGAUAUUCGCUCGUGGCAAAAAGGCCGGUUGGGCUUUACAGACCAAGAUAUAG